AUGGUGCUCUUUAUGGAUUCCACCAAGAUCACCCUUGGAGAUGGGGAAACAACAUCUUUCUGGCAUGAUAAUUGGUGUGCCAAGGGGCCCCUUAGCCUUUGGGCACCAGAUCGCUUCAAAAUCGACACGAGGAAGGAUCGCACUGUUGCUAAAGGAGCUACUGACAAUAACUGGAUUAGGUCUGUCCCAAGGUUAAGGAUGCCGGUGCAACUUUCACAAUACAUCGAGAUUCGGGAUGCACUGCAGGAAGUGACUCUCACGCCCACGCAGCCUGACACCAUCGCCUGGUGUCUGACCACGGACGGGGCAUACAACGCAAGCUCAGACUACCAUGCACAGUUCUUGGGCUGUCACUCCAAGUUUAUCGCCAGCAAGAUCUAG